AUGUCCCCUACCCUACAUCCUUACCUCAAGCGGGGACUAGACUUCGACGCCUCACCUAUCGACCCCAGCGACCUGGUGGAAGACCCCCCCGGCGAACAUCAUGACGCACAACACCAGUCGGCGAAACGGAGGAGAGUGGAGGCGAUAGCGUUGCAGUAUCUGCGGGGAAGGCCACCGGUCAUACUCACAGCACGCCUCAAGGGCCCCUUCACAAAGGAAUGGAAGAACCCAUGGGCGAAAGAUGUCAAGGCAACGCCAGACGGACAGAGCACGGGCGCAAACGAACAAGCAGAGGGACAGGGGGAGAGAGUGCCAAAGGCAUCGCAGAUGGCUUCUCCAGAGGCCUCUAGGGCUGUGGGCUACACUGAAGAGCAACUCUACAGCCAACCCGAACCACUGCCUGCCACGGCCCCUUUACCAGACGAGGACGACCUCUCUGGCGCCACUGACCUGCAGCUCGCGCUUCCUAAAGAACCUCUGGGCGGUCGUCCGCUGCCCAUCCCACCUGCUUCUCCUACUGGAUUCAUGUACAGAAGAGUCGGUCAGUCAAAAGGCGAGGGUAGCAGCGGACCGAAAGCAAAGCCAAGAGCCAUCAAUUUCAGCCCCUCGCCAACUCUUAAGAAGAAGGACAACGGUCCACCUGGUGUGGAUACAGAGGUACCGGCUGCUAUUGUGGAGACUGAGGUGUCUGAGCAGGUAGUACCUCAUGUUUCCGCUGAGGCAGUUGACAGAAGUGUCAUCGAAGAGAACAACGAUGGGACUGCCGAAGGACCUGAGGAAGAACAGAACAUGCACGAACAUCAAGAGUCGCACAAGUCCAGGCAAUCUCAGUACUCUACGCAGGCUGCAAUGCUGUUGGCACAGCUGGAGUUUCAGGACGACUCAUCACAGUCGUCAACCUCGUCAGUAACCCCGCGACCAUGGUCGCAGCCGGGGCAGAACACACCGCCGCCGCCUCUGCUGCAACCCAGUCCCGCAAUCACGCCUCUUUCGGUGUUCAAUCCUCGUAUGGAGGGCUCCUUCGGUUACCUGGCCGGAGACAGUGUACUUUGUGGUCCACCGGUCAGCACGCAAGACUUAUUCAACGCAGCAUCUCCCUUCGCCUUCAGUACAGUGAAGAAGAAGAGCCAACGACCACGGCGGACCAGCCUGCGGUUUGCUUUGACCUCGAAGUCCAGCGAGAGCAUGACUGCAAAGAGCCCCACACCGUCGGCAGAGCGAGUACCGCUCAAAGAGAAGAACACAUCGACGAUGUGGAGCUUCACCAACGAGAAGUCGUCGCUGUCUUCGUCAAAGCUCGCGUCACAGUCACCCAAGCGCACCACAAAUGACGUUGAGUUACCCCAGCUUGACCUCCACACGUCACUCGAUUUCGGCCCGAACGCUGACUUUACUGAUUGCUUUCUGAGAGGCCUGAACAAUGAACCAUGA